CUUUUGGUAUCAACUGAAUUAAGUCGACAUGGAGAUUUAACAACCUGGAUUUUUCAAAGGCAAACGUUGCCUGCCAAUACACAAAAUUUUCUCUCAAUUGGCAUUACACCACCUGAUAAGCUGCAGAUAAUUAACUGUCCAGUAGAUUUACAUGCUGUAAUCAUAGACGCAUGCUCGCUCGUUUACAAAAAAAUGACAUCUCUGACACGACCUUCGAAAUAAAAUUUAAAGGUUACCCAUGGCGUUUUGUAUGCAAAAGCGAAUCUAUCAUGGCUAGACACAUGUUGAAACGAAUUGUCCAAAGUCUAACAGUGCAUCAGUGGCUUUUGUAUGGAAACAGCAAUGUAAAGUCGGCCGCUGACACAUUAUUUUUUCGAGAAGAUACUACAAUGAAAGACGAAUUUGAAUUUUUGACUAUCAGCUUAAACCGAAAUGAUCGAUUACGAUUUAUACUUGUACAAGAUCAUAUAGUCGCUACGUUGGAGACAGUCCGACAAACUUGGAAUCAUGGUGUAGAAGAAGUUAAAGACGAUCGCCCGCAUUGUUAUGAGUUAGUACUAAAAGGAAAUCCAUGGUGGACAUCAGGUGUUAAAGCUGUCGAAGCAAGACUCGUAAUCUUAAAAAUUAUGGAGAAACUAAGCCAAUUUGGUUACUCUGUUUUGACUGGAUUUGAUAUCUCACCAAGAUCUAAUGAUAAAUCUUUGUUUUUGUUUCAAAGAGGAACACCUGUUCAAGCAAAGUUUAUGUGUCUUUCUCUGCAUGAUAUUGGAAAGGAAAUCAUUAACAGUUGGUUGCUUGGAAUUCAAGAAGAAAUAUGUGUAUCCGAUAUUGUUAGCUACGAGGCAACAUUAAAUGGUUAUCCUUGGAAUUCUAUAUGGAGCGAGGGAAUUUAUGUGCGUGCAUUGCUACUUAAACUUUUAAAUGCUUUUACUUCAAUGGGAUGGAGAUUGGCUUGCACAGCUGAUGUAGACGCAAUGUACGAGUCUAAUGACAACGGAGCUGGUUUCCCAAUAGAUGUUCAUAAUGACUUUCGUAUGUUACACAACAAGUUCAAUGGCAACUUUCAAAGAAUUUCAUUUCGACAUGAUCUUAAUGUUGAAAUAGUUAAUAUGUAUCAAAGCCCUGGCGUUUCUAUUAUAGAGUUUAAAAAACUUUCCUGACUUAAUCUGUCCAAGUGUUAUUGUACAGAAAAAAUACAUCUUGUUUGUCUCAGUUCUAUGAAACGUUAUGUGUAUUGUUCAGUUAUCAUCAAUU